UGAUGGGGCGUAUAUAUUUUUACUAAUCACCAAGCCUGUUCAGUGCAUUACAUCCUAUACAAGUACGUUAGCAAAUCGAUUAAAUUGUGCAAUAUUUAGCGAGCAUUUCAGCUAAUUGGAAAGUUUGCCGUUUCCGCAAGGUGAAGAGACUGCCGUGUGUAGCAAUGCUGACCCGAACCAGUUACCUACUCGGCAGAGAGUAGCACUAAACUGAGCCAGCAUCUGGAGCCUUGUCAGUCACCCUUGAAAAGUAAGGUGGUCGAAAACGGCAGCAGCUGGAAAAUAGGUUGUCCUUUUCACAAUGAGAAUAAUCUACUGGAUUGGAGUUGUUGGAACUGUGAUCGUUGCCGUUUCCCUGUACUGGCCACCGUUUUUCUACAUUUUUCUGUUUCUGCUGUACUCGCUGAUACUGAUUGGUUUGGCCAUCUUCGGCACCAUCUACGUUCACUACAAGCUCACAAACAAGGAGAGUACCCACCACACCCGAGACCUGCCCUCGAACGUCCUGUACAAUGCCACCAAAUCUCAACUGUUCGACCCACCGUCCCCUCCGAGAACCGCCAACAGUCUGCCGAUCAUCUUUGGCCGUACGGUUGAUGGUCUUUUGCAGCAAAUUAUUGCUAAUGCCAUGCGAGACGUGGUUAGUCCAGCGCUGGCUGAAAUUGUCGCCAAUCCGCGACGAAUCGUGGAUCUACUGCGGGAGGAUAUCUGGCUUGGAAUCGAAAAGUUACACGAACGAGCUUCCCGUGUUGAUGCUCCCAAAAUGAUAGCUGUUGAUUUUGUGAUAAAAGCGACCAUCCAUCUGGAGAAGAUUCGAAUAGCUCAAGCAAGGGCGGCGGAACUUGGCACCGAUCCCGUUUUUGGGACGUCAUCUUACUUGACGACGACUGAGAAGGAGCUGGAGUUUUUAAAGAAAAUUUGUGAAAUUUUAACUAUAUUUUUGCUACCCCGGGGCUAUUCGCUAUCACCGAUCAAGGAUCUGCUGUCGGAAGUAAUCUCUUACAAGGUACUUUAUCCGAUGAUUAAACUUAUUACCUCGCCGGAUUUUAUAAAUCAACAAAUUGUUGAGUGCAUCGAAACGAAGCUGGUGGCGGCGGCGAUUCACAAGCGUAGCUACGCGUACGCUGCAAAUUUUGAAGAGUUUUUGAAGAUCAUCACUGGAAGUCAGACAACAGAGGAGCUUCACUCGAUUAGGAGCAGUAUUGUGAGCGACAUUAUGCAGGCGACUACGAUGCAGAACUUGCAGCGGACUAGGGGUCUGGAUAGUGAUUUUUUCAUCGGGAAAGCUAACAUCAGCGGGAAUAAUUCUGGCGAUUCGGAUAGUGGCCCUAGUCGAGCAGAGAUCACUGCUUCGUUGAAGCUUAAAAAAUACAUUCAGCAGUUGUCGUUUGCCAAAAGUCAAUGCGAGAAAAGUUUAGCCAAGCUCGGCUGGAACGGAAAUGUCAGCAAUGACGUAGAUCUGUCUAUCUUGGACAUUCUAUCGACCGUUGCUGGUAGACGGCACUUCACGAUCUUUUUAGAACCGCUGAAGGCAUCAUCUCUGGUAGGAUUUUACACCACCGUUGAAGAACUGAAGCAUACGUCAAAGGCUGCCUGGCAUCAGCUAGGAGCUGAGAUAUUCUAUACCUACAUCCGGUGUCCGAACGCGGAGAUUCCCGUAGAUAAAGCUACCCGUAAGAAAAUGGAAUCAUUUUUGGUCGGUGACGGCGGGCCUGAGGUAUUCUAUGACAUACAGCGCGAGUGUUUGGUGACCAUGGAGGACAAGUACUACCAUCCGUUUCUACUGAGUGAAGAAUACACCAAGCUAAAAAAUUCUUUGACACAGGACGACAUCAAAGAGAUAACCCUGAACACAUACAUCUCAUCCAGCACCGAGAGUCAGGAUGAGACCGCUUCCAAUGCGUCAUCCAGUGGAGAUGUAGAUCCGGUAAUUCUCGAUCUGAGCAACCAUUCCACCUAUGCACGAAAUAAGCUAGAACAGUUGGACGAAAAAUUAUCUAAUAAGAACCAGGCUCUGGAAGCGCUGAAACAAUCGCUGAAACCGGACUCGAAACUGCUAACGAUACUGGAGAAAGAGAUCGACUGGUUGAAGGGAGAGAAACGUCAACUCGAAUCGCACUUACUAAGGACUGAGGUGUGGGGUGAAUAUCUGGGAAAAUGGCGAGCGAUCGUGGAAAGCGUUGAUUUCUCCGAUGAUAAGGAACCACAACCGCAGUUCAUGAUCGUCGUUCAGGUGGAUGAAGUGAAUGACUGCGGCAAGGAGGACGUUUCGACUGCGAUGGAUGCUGCUGACAGUAUUUCAACCGGUUGGGUUGUUGUCCGAUCCUUGGCACAAUUUCACGAACUUCACCGAAAACUGCGGCCUAUGUGUUCCGAUCUGAAAGCCUUAGAUCUUCCCUCGAACAAUGCUUUCAAGCUGUUCCUGUUGAAAAACGACAAAACCUUGCUGGAGAAAGCCAAACAACAGAUUCAAAAGUAUCUCAAUUUUAUUCUUGAAGAUGAUCAUUUGAAUCAGAGUGAAGCCCUGUACGAAUUCCUAAGUCCGAGUUCGGAACGGCUUAAGCAGAGUACGUUGCCGUCACCUUCCAAGAAGCAGUCCAAGUUUUCAUUGGCCACCCUGUUUAAGGCCAACAGUGAAAAAAUGGAUCAAUUUUGGGGAUCGCAUUUUAAGCUGAACACGGUGGAUUUCCCGGAUGAUGAUCAAGUCUCCAUGUAUCUCGAGGGAUCAACCGGGGACAACGGAACUUCCAAAGCCCCAACCGACCCGGACGCGAAAGACUCAAUAGCAGAACCCCUGUACGCCCUGCUCGGGGAAAUCUUCGACAUGGGAGGUGUGUUCAAAUGGCUGAGGCGCAGUCUAAUCUCCUUCGUUCAGAUCACCUACGGUCAAACGAUCAAUCGACAAAUCCGGGAAUCGAUCAACUGGCUGUUUGAGGAACCGAUGCUUCACACGUACGCCUCGACCGUACUGAAAGCUCUCUGGCCUGGAGGAGUUCUAACGAUCAAAACCAUCGAUCGAACCGAAGACCAGGAGGAAAUGACAAUGAACGCCGCUAAAUCGCUACUGCUGGACAACAUUCCCGAUCUGCUGUGUAAUCUGAUUGGCGCCCAGAAUGCACGGGCCGGUAUUAUGAAACUGUUCGACAACGCCCAGAAUCCCGCCUACAACAAGCAACUGUUCUACGAUCUGUUGGAGAUUCUGAUGCUGGAACUGUUCCCGGAGAUCCGUCAGCUGAAGGUCCCCCCGAGUGUGGCAGCGGUUGCCGUCGUGGGAGGAUCGAGCUCAUCGGCUAAUUCGACACCUACGCAUGCGGGACAUGCCGGUACAGCGGGACUGGUACAUUCGACACCCACUCGAAUCAUAUCAAGGACCUAAGGGGAGAAUUGAACGAAUUUGGAACACGAAGAAAUAGCCACCGAUUCUGUAAUAUCAGCUUAUCCGCCGUAUGUAUUAGUUCGUAGAUAUGUUUAGACAAUAGAUCGCGUGCAUGUUUGUCCUGUGGGGUGACGUUCCGUUGCAGUGAACCGUGCUGCAUCGAGCGAGGACCUGAAGAAGUUGAUUCAAUGUCUGCGAUGGUGUGUUGUUGCAUUUAGUGUGUAGUUUCCGGUAAUUCUAUUCGCUUUUACAUUGAGGUUAGGGGGCAACGCAGAAAAAUUUUUGGCUCACCGUCACCAUGGUUUUUCGAUCUUGAGUUGAUUAAAUACUGUGAUCGAUUCUCAGAAUCGCUAAAAAUGAUUAGGCGGAUUUUCUGGAAUUAAGAAAGACGCCGUAGUGCGAUUGUGAGAAUUGAUCAUGUCAAUUUUCGAUCGAAUUGUUAAAAAUACUGGAAUUCAACCGGGGCCCAUUAGGCAGUUCAACGCAUGUUCAGGCUUCGAUUCAGCAUGGUACCUCAACUAUAGAAUAAAUUAAGGGAAAACAGUCUCAGUCAAUGGUGAGAGAAAAAAAAUGACACGGAUAAUAAUAAUAAUAUGUAUGUUUGAGAGACUUUGGUAUGAAGCUUUUUUACUAGGCAUUCCGGAAAGAGGUUCCAAAGAAAAACAAAAAAAACUAUCUAAUCUAGUCACCAACCGACUGUUUAUGUGCAAAAAAAACUAUUGGUACUUAAUUGUGAACACUAUGUUUAAUGUAGAUAAGGUGGAAUAAUCAUACAGAUUAGUUCAAUAAAGAAUCUCCAAAAA